CCUGUCUCCGGUUAUCCAAUUGAAGUCAUGCUUUCCUGCAACACGCCUGCCAUCUCUGCAUUUUGGGGUUCACUACCAACAAUUCCUGACAGAGUCGUCAAGCCAAAUACGAACCCCGCGGAAAUUUCAAUGGCGGAGAGGCUUGACAGGAAUCACGGAGUUGUUUCGCCUCGUUUUGGGCGCCAUCCCACCCAUCCCUGUCGUCUGUUGGCCUCUUUGGGGACGUCUGGGACCCGUCCUUUGAGAGGGGGACUAAGGUCAUCUCACCUCUCCCAGUGAUGCCACUGCAGACGCCGCCAUCCUCUCCGGUGGGCCUGAAGAUGCCGCCAUCAACCCCGGUGGGCCUGCAGACGCCGCCUUCAACCCCGGUGGACCUGCAGACACCGCCAUCAACCCCGGUGGGCCUGCAGACGCCGCCAUCCUCUCCGAUGAGCCGGGGCCUAUCCCAGCUGUUCCAGCUGGCUCUGGGACGCAAGGACAAAGGGCACACGAAACCGGAGUAAAAAGAACAAGGUCAUUUAAUGUAACAAAAAGGAGUAUAAUGGUUAACAAAAGGAAAGUAUGUUUAAAUGAAAUACAAAUGGAACAGAUGUGUGAUUGGGCCAAACCAGGUGAAGGUGUGAGAUCUGCAAACAAAGAAAGCCGGCCUAAACAUUGAACCCCUUCUACAGGGCUUGGGCUGUAACACAGUUGACUUAAGCAGUUGACUUGAGCAUGUGUCAAUCUUAGGGUACAUAUACGGGGAGAACAUGCAAUACAGAGAUGUUACAACGGAGAUUCGAUUCAAUCUCCUGUGAAGAUGACUUGCUAGCCUGCAUGCCAUGGACAGCCUUAAGGAAACUAAAUACUGGUGUGGUAGCCAUUUUUGUGUUAUUUAUAUUUCUCUAGUCCUGCAUAUCCAUCCAUCCAUUUUCUACCGCGUGUCCCUUUCGGGGUCGCGGGGGGGGGUGCUGGAGCCUAUCUCAGCUGCAUUCGGGCGGAAGGCGGGGUACACCAUGGACAUUUCGCCACCUCAUCACAUGGCCAACACAGAUAGACAGACAACAUUCACACUCACAUUCACACACUAGGGACCAUUUAGUGUUGCCAAUCAACCUAUCCCCAGGUGCAUGUCUUUGGAGGUGGGAGGAAGCCGGAGUACCCGGAGGGAACCCACGCAGUCACGGGGAGAACAUGCAAACUCCACACAGAAAGAUCCCGAGCCCAGGAUCGAACCCAGGACCAUCGUAUUGUGAGGCACACUCACAAACCCCUGCACCACCAUGAUGCCCAGUCCUGCAUAUAUUAAGUUAAAUUAAUUAUUUGUUUGUUGAAUGAUGGCCAUUAAAGCCUGCUGCGCUGCUGCACUUUGAUGUUGGUCAUUGUGGUGGUGUUUGAUGAAUACUUGGGCCUACUGUGCAACUGUACUUUAAUUUUUGUCAUUAUGGUUGUGGUAUCCAUUUUUGUGUUAUUUAUAUAUCUCUAUUAUAAAUAAAUGAUAAUAAAUAUUACU